AUGCUUAUUGUUCCAGAUGAGAAAAUUGAUCAGACCUUUGAGCUUAAUAACCAUGAUGGUUAUAAAAUGGACAGCUGGAAUGGAUACGAUCCUGCGACUUAUGCUCGAGUUGUGGAGACAUUGGAAGCUAGAGAUAAUGCAAGAAGGAAAUUGGAUAUUCUAGGGGAAGAUGUCGAUUCUGCCUACAAGAACCCUAUGCCCAUGCAUGAAGAUCCUCUCCCUGAUAUGGAUCCAAAUGAGAACUCCAAAUCAUCGAACUAG